AUGGCGGCUGUGGAAGUUGAGCGUGCUAAGUUAGAAUCAACCUUAAGGAAUUUAAAACUUUUUGGACACGUUGGUUUUGAUAGUCUUCCUGAUCAAUUAGUGAACAAAUCUGUGCAGAAUGGAUUUGUCUUUAAUAUUCUUUGCAUUGGUGAAACUGGCCUUGGAAAGUCGACGCUUAUGGAUUCGUUAUUCAACACUAAUUUCGAAUCGAAUCCAAGUCCUCAUAAUUUACCCGCUGUAAAAUUAAAGGCUCAUACAUAUGAGUUACAAGAGAGUAGUGUUAGACUGAAAUUAACAAUCGUAGACACUGUUGGAUAUGGUGAUCAAAUUAACAAAGAAGAUAGCUUCAAAGCUGUUGUUGAUUACAUAGAUGCACAAUUUGAAGCUUAUCUUCAAGAAGAGCUCAAAAUUAAACGAUCUCUUUCUACUUAUCAUGAUAGCAGAAUUCAUGUCUGCUUAUAUUUCAUUUGUCCAACUGGUCAUGGCCUAAAAUCAAUUGAUCUUGUGUGUAUGAAGAAACUCGAUACCAAAGUCAACAUUAUUCCUAUUAUAGCCAAAGCUGAUACAAUAUCAAAGACUGAAUUACAAAAAUUUAAGAGUAAAAUCAUGUCGGAACUACAAAAUAAUGGAGUUCAUAUUUAUCAAUUUCCAACUGAUGAUGAAAGUGUAGCUGACAUGAAUACAUCAAUGAAUGCACACGUACCAUUUGCAGUAGUCGGAAGUAUUGAUUUUGUUCGUGUAGGGAACAAAAUGAUGCGUUCCCGUCAAUAUCCAUGGGGAACUGUUCAAGUCGAGAAUGAAUCGCAUUGUGAUUUUGUUAAAUUACGUGAAAUGCUCAUCAGAACUAACAUGGAAGAUAUGCAUGAGAAGACCCAUUGUCGCCACUAUGAAUUAUAUCGCAAAAAACGAUUAGAACAGAUGGGAUUCAGUGAUGUUGACAGUGAGAAUAAACCUAUAAGCUUCCAGCAAACUUUCGAAUCAAUGAGAACCGCUCAUUUACAAGAACUUCAACAAAAAGAAGAUGAAAUGCGACAAAUGUUUGUUGCCAGAGUUAAAGAAACAGAAGCAGAAUUGAAGGAAGCAGAGAAAGAGCUUCACAAUAAAUUUGAUAAGUUGAAAAAAGACCACAUGGAGGAAAAAAAGAAACUAGAAGAAAACCGUAAGAAACUCGAAGACGAUAUUUUAGAGUUUAAUAGAAGAAAAGCCCAAAUUUCUCAACAAUCUCAUCAUACAUUAACUCUUGGAAAAAGUAAAAAGAAGUAAUCGGAAUCGCGGGACAUGAAUUUUCUUCCACAUUAUGAGUUAUUAUAAUUCAGUAUUUAUGAUUAUGACUUUUCAUUUAUAUAACUUCUUUUUAAGUAUUAGUGUAGUACUUUAGUACAUUAUAAUCAAUAUAUAAGAAAUUUAUAUAUUUAAUAUAUUUUUCAUUGAC